CUGCAGACCAUCAUCGGACCAUUUCCUCGCAUUUUCAUUUCCAUUUCCAUCUUACUAACAUAACGAUUUGUUGUACAUUUGUUCUGUUCCUGGGUGCCGCUCAUGCCGGUGCUUUUUGGUUACUUUCUGUGUGUGUGGUGUGUCUGUCUGGGUGAUCUGCGUGAAUGCGUGCGUGCAGAUCCUGCGAAGGUCCUCCCAUGUUCCUGCAAGCGGGAGGGGGUGGGAAGGGAACCAGGCCACAGUCUACACACCAACAGAACCACAACCACCACCAGACGGCGCAUUCGCACCACCAUCACCUCCAGCAGCAGCAGCAACAGCAGCAGCAGGCGGUCCAGCAUCAGCAGCAGCAGCAGCAGCAACAACAGACAAGGAACACACUGUUGCAUCACCCAUCCUCACAGCAGCAGCAGCCGCAGAUUCCACAACAGGAUCCACAACAGGCCCACGCCCUGUACGUGACAAAUCACAACAACCUUCAUCCACAUCAGCAGCAGCUGCUGCAGCAGCAGCAGCAACAACAACAACAGCAGCAGGUGGCGCAACAUCAUCUGCAGCAGCAACACCAGCAGCAGCAGCAACAACACCAACAGCAACCGCAACCGCUCCUCUUCUAUCAGCCAUACGGGCCCCACCCGUCUGGCAACAGCAAUGCCAGCAUUGGCGGCGGCGCUGGACUCCAAUUGAGCGCCGCCGCCAGCAACAAUUCCCUGGUGCAACAUACGCACGGCAGCCAUGGGCAUGGCAAUAACGUGCUAUCGUCCUCCAAUAGCAACACCAGCCUAUCCCGGGUCCUAAACAAUACGGGCAUGCCGCCACACUUUCCGCAGUCAGCUGGACUGAUCGCGCCCCCCGGCGGCAAUGGAGGUGGGGCCGCACCGACAGCCUUUAUGACCACCGCCUACAUACCAUUCAAUCCAACCGGACCGCUUAUGGGCAUGCAGCCCCCGAUGGCAUUCCCAAACGGAGCUGGCGGCGCCCAGGCCUUCUAUACGGCAGCCACACAGCCACAUCAGAAGCAGCUGCAGUCGGCAGCCCAACAGCAACAGCAGCAGCUGGGCACUGGUCCAGGAGGCGGACAGGUUACGUACCUCAUCCCCAAUGUAAACAGUGGCAGCAACUCCCACAGGGGCAUACGCCAGCGCUCGGUGACACCCCAGCAACAGAACUACUAUGCCUAUGCGGUGGCAGCGCCCAAUACGCCGCGUUCCACGAUGGUCGGCCCAACGACGCCAGGAUCUGUGCCACCCAUGAUGGGUGCACGCAACGGUACCCUGAACGGGGCAUCCCCAUUUCAUAUACAGCCGAACUUUAUGCCCGGCAUAGCCCUGGGACCUUCGACUGGGAUCAAUGCUCCGUCAAUGCUGACAGCGCCACCCGCCACAACGCCAGGGGCUGGCGUUGGCGGCGGCCUGCACGCAUAUAACCCACUCAUGCAGACCAGCAAUGCGCCACCAGCAUUGGGAGUGGCCAAUGUGCCAGGAGGAGUGGCCGGAGGAGUUCCGCCUGGUGUGGGUGUGGGUGUGGCUGCUACAGUACAGAGCGGAGUAGCUGGAGUACCCGCCGUUGCGGGAGGAGGCUUUGCCACCGGCCCACCGUUGGUGGCACCGCAAGCGGCAGCUGUAGCAGUUGGCCAACCGUUGCCCAUUGUCUCGGAGAAGGUUCGCCGUCAUGCCAUACCCAUCAUACAUCCAGAUACCAAUGAGAUCCUCGAUCCGAAGAAGUUUAUUAAAACGGAAACGAAUCCCGCCACGACGCUGACUCCAGGCACAGCGCUGGAAAAUGAAACGUUGUGCUCCCAGUACCAGGAUCUAGCUCCCAUUGGAAUGGCAGUUGAUUCUUCUUCAACCACACUGCUCCCUGGUGUUGAUGUGGAUGAUGGCACUGGGAUGGUGAUGGUCGAUGAGCAGCUGCAAACAUUGCAGCCUUCGUCCGAGCACAUUGGUGGCUUGGUCUUUGUGAAUCUAGAGGGGGAUCAGCGCGGCAGCUCACCCGUCUCAAUGCCGCCCUGUACAACGGAUAAGGAACAGAUAAGCACCAUUGUCAAGGAUAUACUGGCCAAUGCGAGCCAUGCAACCGAUGAUCAUCUCAGUUUCUGGCAGACAAGCGACGUGGACAAUGUGCCGGAGACCCAUGACAGGCAGCUGUUGACUUCGACGAAGAGCGUAGGCGAAGGAGGAGAAGGAGAAGGCGGCGUUACCGGCCAAGAGCAGCCGCAUCAGCAGCAACAAAACCAGCAGCAGCGUCCCAAGUCGGCCAACAAACAAAGCACCGCCACGCCCGCAUCUAUAGCGAAUGACGUGGCCGAGGCAGCCGCCUUUGGGAAAACGCGCAUCACCAUCCUGUCCAGAAGCGAAUCGAUGCUUAAUUCAGAAGAGGAGGAGACCCAGGAGCAGCCGCAAGCACAGAAGCCCACGAAAUCCAUUGCCACCACCGCAGCUCCAAUUGCAGCAACAGGAAUUCCAGCAGCUUCGGUCGAGCCUUUAAUUUCAAGCAACGAAAAGCCAGCAAAUGUACCGCUGUCUGUGCUGCAGCGUUCGCAGCGCCAGUCGUCGAGUACAACGAGUUCAGGGGCAUCCUCAUCGGCAGCCUCCACGCCCACACAUCAGCCAAAACAGACGCAACAACAGAGGCAGCAGCACCAGCAGCAGCAGCCGCAGCAGCAUAAUCAAGCUGGAGUAAGAGCUGGCCCAGUGGCAUACACACUGCCACUGACGCGCAUGUCGCCAGCUGUCGCCUUGCUUACGGGCGCCACAACCACCAACACGAGUAGCAAAAAGAAUCGCAAGGCUCUCAAGCGGGCUAAAGAUGUCGAAAAGAAGAAAGUAAGCAAACCAUCAUCUACCACAAACUACAACAGCGACCAGAGUCAAGGUAGCAUCUACAGCCACAAUGGUGGCGUGCAAGCAGCAGAAGCAGCUCCAGCUCCAGCUGCUCCUGCUCCUGCAAGAAUUGUGGAAGAAGGACCAGCAGCAGCAGCAGGAGUGCUGCUAGCAGAGACAUCCAAAGGGAAGGCGGCGGCGGCAGCAGCACCAGCAGCAGCUGUAGUUGAAGAGAAGGCGCAACCGACGACUGAUAAGCUUAGUGCAUCAUCUAGUAAUAAUUCUAGCGUAAGUUCUAGUCUAAGUGACAAACCGCACCACGUGCAACCCAAAGAGGAGACGCCACAGAUCGGCCACAACAACAACAACAACAAUGACGAAAAGGAUGAUAUCGUAGAAAAAGAAAAACCGGCGAAAAAGCCUCUGCAGCAUCAGCACACACCAGUCGAUGAAAUCGUGUCGAAAUUCUUGCAAACAGAUAGCCCCAACAAAUACCCGGAGGAUAACCAUGGGGAGGAGGCGCCGCCACAACUACAGUUCCUGAACAGCAGCGGUUCGACGUGCGGAGAUGAUGAGAACAACCGAUCUGCAGUGCAGUGCAGUGUAGAGCAAUCGAAGAGCGAGGAGAGUGUCGGCGUGGCUGAUCUGAAGUUUGGGGACUUCAAUGAGGAUUCACGGGAGAACGAGAUCGGCACUGGUUUCAUCUGCAGCUCCACGUGGUCAAGUUCGACGGUAACGGAGCCCAGCGAGGAGCCACGCGAUGAACUUUCAUCGCAGAGCAGCCACAUUUCGGUGCCGAACGCAGCCGCAGUGACAGCCACAGCCGUGGUGGCGGCCAGUAGCAGCAGCACUACCAGCACCAGCACCGACUAUGUGGACUGCGCUCCCAAGCUGAGCACGACUACGACAGAUAUAUCGACAACGACUAGCAGCAGCAGCAGCGCUGGUCGCACCUCCAGCAGCACAUCGAGCAGCAAGAAGAGCUCUCCGGUACAUAAUAGACGCAAAAAUUCAGAUUCGCCAAAGCCCAGAGGAGGCGGCAAGAAACAACAAGAAACAUUGCCGCCGGCUUCCCCUGUGACGACCCCCACGCCCACGACUACCGUGAGGUUUAUCCGCUACUCCAUGGACGAGCUGCGCAAGCUAUGCGAACUGCCAGAUUCGCGAAAGGCACCGCUGGUGCCCUGCCACAAGGGCGACUGCAUCUCGCAGCUGUUCGUGUCCCGCAUGAUCAUACAUCCGCAUGCUCAUGUGCAGCACCACAACCACCAGCAACAGCAGCAGCAUCUGCCGCAGUAUCAGCACAUCAACUUCAGCGAAUCGCUGGACUUUGUGCCGGGAAAGCGUGGACGGGGUCAUGGCGGCUCGAAUAAAAAGCAUCACGAUGGCGGCCACCCACAGAUGGCCUCUGGAUCGGGCAACAUGGGUGGUGCUAGCAGUAGCAGCGGCAGUUCGAGCUCCAAUCAACGCCACAUGGACAUUAUACGCGUGCAGCUGUCGCUCAAAGAAGAGAUCAAGCUGUCGGAGUGCGAGAAUGCGUGGCAGCCGGAGCCGUUGCGUCGCAAGGCUCCCGCCGCCGCAGUGAGUGGUGGUGGUGGUGGUGGUGCCGGUGUCUCGGAGGAGGAUGGCGACAUUGAUGGUGUGCUGAAGAAGGUGCGCGGCAUACUGAACAAGCUGACGCCCGAUAACUUUGAUGUGUUGCUCAAGGAGAUGUCCAGCAUUAAGAUGGAUACCGAGAGCAAGAUGACAAAUGUGAUGCUGCUGAUCUUUGAGAAGACCAUCAGUGAGCCGAACUUUGCCCCCGUAUAUGCGCGCUUCUGCAAAGUUUUGUUCCACGAGAUCAAGGCCGAGAACAAAUCGCUCUUCACCUCGUCGCUCAUUACGCGCAUUCAGCACGAGUUCGAGUCGAAUGUAAACGAUGCGAAUGCCAAGACCAAGAAGCUGCAGCCCACGCAGGACAAGAUGAAUCAGAGCACAGAUGCGGGCCGUAAGGCCGAGCUGCGUGCAGAGAUGGAGGACCUGGAGUAUCAAUUCCGGCGUCGCGCCUGGGGUACUGUCCGCUUCAUUGGGGAGCUCUACAAGCUGCAGUCGCUGACCAGCGACCGUGUGCUGCACUGCGUGGAGUCGCUGCAGGAGCACGGCAUCGAGGAGAAGCUCGAGUACAUGUGCAAGCUGCUGACCACAGUGGGCCACUUGCUGGAGAGCACCCUGCCCGACCAGUACCAGCUGAGAGAUCGCAACGAGAAGAUCUUCCGACGCAUUCAGGACAUUGUGAAUCGUUCACGUGGCACGGCGCAUCGCCAGGCGCAGUUCAAGAUCAGCAGCCGCGUGCGUUUCAUGAUGCAGGAUGUGCUGGAUCUGCGCUCACGGAACUGGGAUCAGCCUGUCACGCCACAGCAACUGAGCGGCCGUCAGCGGCACAAGCAGCAGCAGCAGCAGCACGACGACUCCAAGGAUCAGCAGCAGCAUGGGGGACGAGGCAACAUGGGCCCACAGGCGGGGCACUAUCAACAGCAGAAGCAGCAUCAACAUGGCGGCAGCCAUGGCCACGACAGCAGCAACUACUUUCUGCAAAAGAUGCCCAACAAACAGCAGCAGGACAACCAGGCCCUCAGCAUUGAUCUCAAUAAGUUGCGCUUCAACACCAGCAGCGCCAACGAUGACUCGAGCGCCAAGCUGGGAAACUCGUCGCACUACCAGUGGCGCAAUGCUGGCAAUCGUCCGGUCAGUGCCACACCAUCGGGUGGGCCACCCACCAGCCUUUUGAAGCGCGUGAACACCGGGGGACAGAACUUUACGUACUCGCCGUAUCAGCAGCAGCAGUCACAGCCAUCGGCGACUGCCGCUACCACACAGCCAGCCAGCAGCAACAGAAACAGCAGCCAGGAACCGUCGCAAAUCCACGCGCCUUUGGAUAGGAAACUGUGCCAGGAUCUGGUUAUCAAACUGGUGGAGGAGGCUCUCAACGAGCGCAACUGGCAGCCAGAGGUGCUGGGCAUCUGGCGGUCGUAUCAGACGAAGCACCAGGCUGCCGUGGUGGAAUACCUGCUCAUGCACUACCUGCACCAGAGGACAGUGAAGCGGCAGGAGCGGCUGGCUUGUGGCAAUGUCUUUGCCUUCCUGAUGUCCAAGGAGGCCAUGGACAAGGCGACGUUUGCCCAGGCAUAUGCGAGUUUUGCCAAUGAGCUGCCCGAACUGCUGGUGGAUGUGCCCAUGGCCUUGGGGUAUGUGUUUGAGUUCCUGGGCCCCAUCAUGCAUGCGGGACGUCUGGACCUAAAGGAUGUCUGGCUGCGGCGCUGGCAGGCAGAUUUCGACGUCAGCGAGUGCUUUGUAUUUGCAUUCGUCAACUACUUUGCGCGUGAAUUCGGUGCUGGCUACAUACGCAAGCUGUGGCACAGCGACCUCAAGCUGGAUCGCGGCCAGAUGUUCUGGGGCGACUGUCGCAAGCAUCGCGAUUUUGUGAAGUCGAAUCAAUUCUACUUCCUGGACCCCAGCCAGGGUCAGACUGGUGACCAGCGAGUGAAGCUCACGCCGCUGCAGCGUUCCCCGCAGGACCAUGUGGUGCGCAUCAGGUAUCUGCUGGGACAAUCCGGCGACAUGGCCAUUGACUACAUUAACACCAAUGUCGGCACCUCCGUCGACUUUGUGAGGGAGCUCACUCGAUUCCUCUGCUGUGAUUUCGCACUAACUGUGAUUGCAACCACCAACAACAACAACAAGGCACCCGGCAAGGGCGGCAGCAGCAGCAGCCCCAAACCGCUGCAGCUGAACGCCGAGUGCUUCAGGAGCCUAUGCACGCCCCUGUUGCGGCUCAGCAUCGAUGCCAAGGAGCCGCUGGAGAUCGCCUGCAUCGAUGCGACAGUUAACUCGCUGCAGGAGCACUUCAUGACCGAGCUGGAGGACGAGAUGGCCGCCUGUGAGACCAUCUGUAAUGCGUUCAGCGUGCUGUACGACUCCGAGGUGAUACCCAAGGAAUCCUUCGACAAGUGGUACAAGCUGGAGGUCGAACACUCGUCCCGCUACCGCAGGCCCUUCAUUGACAAACUGCACAGCUUCAUCGGGGAUCUAUAGACAAAACACCAAAGAGAACAGACAGCAUUGUAUACGUACAGAAUACGUACAAGCACAGCGACGAGGCAAGACACGGACACAGACAACACAAGUUCAGAUGAAACACUCAAGAAUCUAUAAUCAAACAUGAUUUCAAAGACAUGAUUUGGGGGCAUGCCCCAUGCCCGUCCCUCACACACCUAUUUGUUCGACAAUGAAUAGAGAUUUGAUUUGAAAUUUAUUGGUUUUUAAACACACAACAACAACGACAACAGAAAGAACAGGCAAAAAGUAGCCAGCCAGCCAAUGAUUUUCCUUUGUAUCACAAUACGUUCCUUAAAUGAGAUGUUAAGACGCUUUUCUUUCGAUGACUGGGUCAUCCAAAAAGCAACAAAAACACACAAAAAUACAACAACAUUUACCGUAUCAAACCCGUAUCGAAAAUCAAAUAAAAAAUAAAUUAAAAAAAAAAAUGGAAAAGAAAAAGAAAGAAAUGGUAUAACAGAAUCUCCCAUUAAAGAAUUCAAGUUCAGUGCAAGGCAGGGUAAAUGAAAUAUUAAUU